CUGCUGCUCUUGGCGACGGCGAAGAUGGAGCGGCGGAGGGUUCCGCAGCGCACGCUGACGCUCUUAGGGCUCUGGCUCUGGCUCGCCGUCCUCGUUAUGCUGGCCACUGCACUCUUCGGGAUGGUCAACGCCGCGCCGUUCAAGGCCACGCAAGCGGUGUUUCUCCAGGACUGCCACGAGGCUUGGGGGACGACGUUCUUAGGGUGGACCCAGAAAUCGACUGUGACUCGGCUGAAGGUCUCAGCUGUGACGCUUCAGGCAUGAUUACCGAGAUGCAUGCCAUUCUACCUUUCUACCUCCAGGCAUGCCUUUCUGCCGUUCUACCUCCAGGCAUGCCUUUCUACCUUUCUUUGAAUCAUGCCUGAAGCGUCACAGGUGAGACCUUCAGGAUGGAAUGGGCUUUCACGUCAAGAAGGCUUUCUUUGAAUCCGUUGCCUGCUGAAUCAGCGCCAUGUGCUCUGUGUUCCUUCCUAUGGUAGCAGCAAAGAUUGUUUUUGUGUGAUUUUCGUUUUAUAGUUGCCCGAAAGCUCGCACCACGCACAACUGUGCCCACUAUUCUCAACUCCGCUCCUCUUUUAAUUUAACACACACCAUAUAGAGCUUUGUCUUCCAACGCUCUUAGUGGCUCCCUACCUGACAGCCUUUCCACGCUCACGGCACUGACAUGGCUAGAUAUGAGGUACAACAGCCUUUCCGGGUCUAUUCCAGCUGGACUUGUAAACCUCGUUUCAUUGGAGUACAUAAAUCUGUGGGGUAAUCGGCUUAACGGGCCAAUUCCAAAUGGAAUCGGGAACCUCACUCGGAUGGUUACGCUUUAUCUCCCGUCCAACUCUUUGAUCGGCUCCAUUCCCGACAGCAUCACCAAGCUCACUCGGCUUGAAUCUCUGGACCUGUGGAGUAAUCACCUCACUGGGUCAAUUCCAGCUGGAAUUGGAAACCUCGUUUCAUUAACGCACAUGUAUCUCUCCACCAACUAUUUGAGUGGCCCCCUUCCCGUCAGCAUCUCAAGGCUCACUAAUCUCGGUUCUCUUCAUGUGGAUGCGAAUAACCUGACUGGGACCAUUCCGGCUUCUCUGGGCAGACUGCAAGCGUUGAGGGACCUCAACAUCGAGAUCACAGCCCUCGUGUGCCCUGCUCACCAGUCCAACUGCACCAUUAGCCAAUAUCCAAAUACGGUCUUCUGCCAGACAUGCUCCUCCUUCUGCUCUUGUGGUGACAACAAGGGCACAGCAGCAUCCGGAGGGGGCCCCAACAGCACCAGCACUAGCAAUAACAAUUCUUCCUCAACGGCAUCUGCCGGAGGAGGAGGACCCAAUGGCACCAGCAGCACUAGCAGUAACAAUUCUUCCUCAACGGCAUCUGGCGGAGGAGGAGGACCCAACGGCACCAGCACUAGCAGCAAGGAUACUGCCUCAACAGCGGCAUCUGGAGGAGGAGGAGGUGUAUCAGUGGGAGUCAUCAUCGGCAUCGCUGCUGCUGCUGUUGCUGUGGUCAUUCUCCUGCUUCUGGGCGCCGGGCUGCUCGUCUUCAGCAGGCACAGGAUGUUGCAGCAGCAGAAGCCAAAAGACUUGGGUGAUAGUCUGGCUGCUGCACACUGCACCGAGUUUUCUUUUUCUGAAGUCCUCCAAGCCACCGACAAUUGGACGGCGGAGAAUCAGCUUGGUUCGGGUGCCUUUGGUGAUGUGUACAAGGGUGUGUCUCCCCGUGAUGGCACCACAGUGUGGGCUGUGAAGCGCGCCAAGCUGAUCGACAUGGACUUCCAAAGGGAGAUCCUUCAAAUGGCCGACAAGAACCAUCAUAACAUUGUGCGCCUGCUGGGGUUUGCGGUGGGAGGGGAUAUAAGGUCAAAAAUCGAGCAGAUCUUGAUCUACGAGUUUGUGCCCAACGGUGACCUCCACAGGUGGAUCGAUCCCGAAGCAUCCAACCCGCUGAGCUUCAAGCAGCGGAUGGACAUUCUGAUAGGCAUUGCACGUGGCUUUGAGUACCUCCACAGCUUCGGCAUUGUACAUCGCGACAUUAAACCUGCCAACAUCCUCAUCACUGCUGACAUGCAGGCCAAGAUUGCAGACUUCGGACUUGUGAGGGCAGGAGAGGGCACCACAGUGGGCACUACUCGAAUUAUGGGAACACCAGGCUACGUGGAUCCUGUUUACACCAAGACAUCUAAGGCAACUUUCGCCAGCGAUGUCUACAGCUUUGGUGUGCUCAUUCUGGUGGUCCUCACCGGACAGGCUCCACUCAUGGAGUCUUGUGGAGAGACCCGGCAAAUCACAUCGUGGGCAUCCGAUUGUGUGUCCUCGGGUCACUUGGGGGGCCUCAAGGACCCCAAGAUGGACGCCCCUGGGGAUGCUGUGCUGCGGGUGGUUUACCUGGCAGUCAGCUGCACUGAGGAGCGCACUGCAAGCCGGCCAAGCAUGGCUCACGUUGCCAACGAGCUGCAGGCCAUCAGGGAUGAGGUGGCGGGGAAAGACGAGCUGCGUGCUGCUGUUAAGGUGGACGCUCAGCUCCUCGAGAUGAAGAGUACCUUCAAAGGCGUUACAAGUUUCGAGGAUGAACUCAGGAUGAUUGGAGAGAGCUUCUCCAAUGAGGACUAAGUCAAACCCCGCCAUGGGUGUGCUACUUCGCCAAGUCUCCUUUCCCACUGUUACUGUUCCCUGCCCUAUUCUCUCUGUUCCAUCCCUUAGACUCUCGCUGUCUUGUUCCCUGCAUUAGUCUCUCUCCCUGCCUUGGCCUCUCUCGCUGCUUCCGACUUAGUCUCUCAAUGUUCUCACCCAUAGUCUCUCUCGCUGUUCCCACUCAUAGUCCACGGAAUCUCGCCACUCUCUACCCAGUUUGCCUCGUGUCCUGGUACUACCUCUCCACAUCACCCCACCUUCUGCUCCCUCCCCCUUUUCUCGCAAGAGAUCUCGCUACUCUACAAGCCAUUCGUUCCUCGGCUAGAUCCGAGAGCGUCAUGCUGCCCAAUCUGCUUGUUUCUCUGUUGCUGCAUCCAUGUUUCUUUAGAAUAGUAGCAGACAGCAUGCUCAGGCUGUCAGAUGUUUCUGGAUCACGCCUUGUUCAAGUCACUUCAGAACACAAGGAAUAAAUGAGGGGUUUUCUAAAAGUCUCUUCAUAGCUAGUCAGUUCUUUUAUCUUGGUCCCUGAUUUUCAAAAUCAAACUUGAUUGCCGGA